GUGGGGGCUCUCAUUUCCGGUAAGGGCCGCAUUCCCUCCAGCUGGGAGAAAACAGAGAAAGGAAGGGGGGGGGGGAGAGAAUCUGUGUGAUUCUUGAUCUCCCUCCGCGCGCGCUUAGCCCGGAAAAUUUCCGGGAUCGGAUUUACCAGCGCGCAACCCGGAAGUACUGACCUUUGUUUCCGGGCCCAGCUAUCUCCUACCCUCUCUCCUUUCACUUGUUUUCUCCCUUCCUUCCUCUCUCCCUCCCUCUCUCCUUCAUUUCUUCCCCUACUUCAAAGCGGCCCUUCCAAAAUGGCGCCCCUGGACUUGGAUAAGUACGUGGAGAUCGCGCGACUCUGCAAGUACCUGCCUGAGAAUGACCUCAAGCGCUUGUGUGACUAUGUGUGUGACCUGCUCCUGGAAGAAUCUAAUGUACAGCCUGUUUCUACGCCAGUGACCGUCUGUGGAGAUAUACAUGGACAGUUUUAUGAUUUAUGUGAAUUGUUUAGAACUGGAGGUCAAGUUCCCGACACAAACUACAUAUUUAUGGGUGACUUUGUAGACAGAGGCUACUACAGCCUUGAGACGUUUACAUAUCUUCUUGCGCUAAAAGCAAAAUGGCCUGAUCGUAUCACACUCUUGCGUGGGAAUCAUGAAAGCAGACAGAUAACACAAGUGUACGGAUUUUAUGAUGAAUGCCAAACCAAAUAUGGUAAUGCUAAUGCCUGGAGAUAUUGCACCAAAGUCUUUGACAUGCUUACAGUAGCAGCGUUAAUAGAUGAGCAGAUACUCUGUGUACAUGGGGGCCUGUCUCCAGACAUCAAAACACUGGAUCAGAUCCGAACUAUUGAGCGCAACCAAGAGAUUCCACACAAAGGAGCAUUUUGUGAUCUUGUCUGGUCAGACCCAGAAGAUGUUGACACCUGGGCAAUUAGUCCUCGAGGAGCAGGAUGGCUAUUUGGAGCAAAAGUUACCAAUGAGUUUGUCCACAUCAACAACUUAAAGCUCAUCUGCAGAGCCCAUCAGCUGGUGCACGAAGGCUAUAAAUUCAUGUUUGAUGAGAAGCUGGUAACGGUAUGGUCAGCUCCGAACUACUGCUAUCGCUGUGGAAAUAUUGCUUCAAUCAUGGUCUUUAAAGAUGUAAAUACGAGGGAGCCAAAGCUCUUCCGGGCAGUCCCAGACUCUGAACGUGUGAUCCCGCCAAGAACGACCACGCCGUAUUUCCUUUGAGACAUGGCUCAGCUCCUUGUACUGUUUUCUUUGUGGUGUACUUUUUAUCGAGCACUUUGCUGCUGAAAUGUUGCCUCUUGCCUUUUUUAUUUUUAAAUUAUCUAAAUGUGUUGUAUAUUGUGUCUGUAGCGAUGCGUCCCUCGAUCCUUUCUGCACACCUUUUGUACCCCACCUCCCUUCCCAAGACUUGUCUGUGAGUGCUUCUGAAAUGUCUCUAGCACUUACCCUGCUGGUGGUGGUUCUUGCAUAUUUGUGGGAGUAUUUUUUAAGGGAAAACUGCACUUUUCCUUAAAAUAAUAAAAAAUAGAGCAAGGCACCAGAACUAGUCUGAUUUCCUUCAUUUCAUUCAGGAGGUUAUUUUCAGGGAGGUUUUUCUUUUUUUGUAAGUUUUUAAGAAAUUUCAGCAGCAAAGGCAUAUUCAGCGUUCACAAUGGGACUCGUGAUAGAAAGUGUAGCAUACACAUGUUCAAGAUGUAAAAGUGAAUUGUCCUACUUAUAUUUUGUUUUAAAGUGGGUAUAAAUAAGUGGUCUAAAAGCCUGCCCUGAUUAUAUUUUCAUUUUGUUUGCUUUGGGUUUUUUAGGAUUCAAAAGUAAAAUACAAAACCGGCAACAGGUAUUUAAAUUUGUAUAGUAAAAUAAUUGUUCAGAUUUUUUUCAGAUACCUUGUAUUUUUAAUAAAGUCAUAUCCUGAAUUCCGCCUCUAGGUUAAACAUUGGAAAUAAAACCCUACAUUGUUAAUAUGAAUGUAUAUGGUCUUUCUCUUUCCUUUGCACACAAGCAUCUACUGAAGAUUUGAUUAGGGUUUGGCUAAGUACAGCUAGGUCUUUUAGGAGUGCAGUUGUAUUCUGGAAACUGAGACCACCAAUGUACCAUUUCUCUGUUCCUGCAAAAACGUGAAGAAUCCUGGCAGCUUUCAGUGGAUUUUCCCAAUUUUUCUCCAAUUGUGGUACAGCUGUAAAGAUAUCAGAGAGAAGGAUUUGACAAAAAUAGAAAGGACUGGAUUCUGACCUCCCUAUAAUUUUUAUUUCCAGCAAAGAACACCUGAACUACUUAAUAUCAUAACUGCAGAGUCUUUAUUAGAUUACCAAAGAAGCAAGUAAUUUUUAAAUAGAAAAAAAAUUGCAUCAAAGUAUUUGCUGGACUAUGACUAGCAUAGUGUAUAAAAUGUCUCUUCUACUUAAGUGAGUGUAUUAUGUCUUGAUCUUCUUUUUAAAUAUGCUGCAAGGUUCAUUGUCAAGUACCAGGAUAUGACUGCUGUCUUCAUUCACACAAAAAAUGUACAUAGACCAA